AGACGCCCUCGGAGCUGGGAGACUGUAAUCAGCCAAACACCAGGAGGGAGUUCAACUGAGUGCGUCUGCCUACCUACCAAGCAAGCAAGCAAGCAAGCAAGCAAGCAAGAACUUACCGCCCCCGGGGAGACAUGAAGCGCAAGUGUAUCUGCGAGAUCUGCACCUGCGGGUAGGAAACAGCACCAGGAGGAGGGUCUGUGUAACGAUGGGGAGCUGCCAGACUAUAUGAAUUAGUAUUAGCUGUCAAUGGGAAAUAUAGUGACUAUAGCUACAGGGGGGAGUUAUAAUCAAAUGGCAAAAUGUAGGCUGAAGGAAGUCAACUGAAAAAAAUAAACAAAGAAUACAAAAUUCCAGUUUAGCUAUAUUGGCCUCAAUUUUAAAUUUGUAGCCAUUCAUACCCAUUGUACAGCGCUACAGAAUCUGUUGGUGCUUUAUAAACAAAAAUUAUUAUUAAAAUUUAAUAUUACUUGGGUGAAUAAGCUUGGUAUAUUUUUAUAUAUAUAUAAUAUCACAUUGAACAGCGUUGCAGAAUUUGUUGGCGCUUUAUUAAAAAUAUAUAAUAAUACUUGAGUGAAUAAGCUUGGUAUAACAAAUUCCAGCGCUGUGGAAUUUGUCGGUGCUUUUUAAAUUAUAAGUUAUACUGUAUAGAGAGAGCUUGCAUCGUCAAAAUAAUAGUGUAUUUAAAAAAAUUGGGAAUUGACCAGGGAAUUGUAAAGUUGAGACCAACAGUUGGAGAUUUUAUUUAUUUAUUUUUUUUCCAGCUUGGUAAUUCUGUUUUAAAAUUUGCAGUUCCUUUUGCAGGAUUAUUUGCUAGCUAGACUUUGAAAUGUUAGACCAAAAUUCUGCUGCUGUAGCAUUUCUGAUUUUGUGAGUAAGCCCCAUAGUCACAACUUUUCUUUAUAAUUAAUUUAGAUAAUGGUUUUUAAACAUGUGCAGUUUGUUUCGGACAAAUUAUUAAAUUCCUUUAAAAGUGGCAAAGAACUGAAAACUAAUGAAUUUGGAAAGAAUAAGAAUAAAACAAAAUGUUGGAUACAUUAGUUUUCACAAGGAUCGCAAAUUAGAGACUUAUCAAUAGUGAUGUCCCGAACGGUUCGCCACGGGCAGCGAACAUAUGCGCUGUUCGGUCCGCCCCCUAUGUCAGCAUUGAGUAAACCUUGACCCUGUACCUCACAGUCAGCAGACACUCAGCAGCAGACCCUCCCUCCCACCUCCUGGACAGCAUCCAUUUUACAUUCAUUGUGAAACUGCAUUCUUAGUGAGCUGUCCAGGAGGUGGGAGGGUCUGGGAGGGAGGGUCUGCUGCUGAUUGGCUGGAAUGUGUCUGCAGACUGUGAGGUACAGGGUCAAAGUUUACUCAAUGAUGACGAAUAGGGGGCGGACCGAACAGCGCAUAUGUUCGCCAUCCGUGGCGAACCGUUCGGCGAACUGUUCGGGACAUCACUACUUAUCAAUUAUAAAGCUAUUGUUUCUGUAAAAUUUUGUAAUUUUCUAAUUUAUUGUAAAAUGUCUCCCUUUUAAUAAUAUUGUAAAGCACUGCAGAAUUAGUUAGAGCUUAAUAAAUAAUAAUAAUAUGAAUCUUAAACAGAAAAAUUAAGAAAAAAUAUUGUUUUCUUAAUUUUGACCCUUCAGCUGUUUAGUAGAUAGUUCACUAAUUUGGAAUCUUUAUGUGGGAUUGCCAUAAUUAAGGGUACUAAAUAAGGGACUUGUAUACUAAGCAAUUGAAAAAGCACAAUUAAGAAAAAAACAUUUUUCUUAGGGGGACACUAUAGUAACCAGAACAACUAUAGCUUAUUGUAUUUGUUCUGAUGUGAAUAAUCAUUCCCUUGAGCCAUGUUGCAGUAAACACUAUAUUUUAAGAGAAAGGGCAGUGUUUACAUUGCAGCCUAGGAACAGCUCCAGCUGCCACUACUCAGAUGGCUUCUAGAGGUGCUUCCUGGGUCAGUAGAGAUUCUGAACUUUCCUCAUAGAAAUGCGUUUGGCCCAGGCCCCAGCCACGCCCCCUUGAUGAUCUCAGCCAAUCAAAUUAUUUUUCUUCAAUUCUGAUUGUCAGUCAAGAGGGCGGAUCAUGGGCUGGGCGAAGCUGGAAAUAAGGCAAACCACCUAAAUGGUAGUUUUAACACCAUAGGGUCAGGAACACACAUUUAUGCACCAAUUGCAUAGAGAAUUGGAUUUAUGCACCAAAUGCAUAUAGAAUCUUAGGCUUGUGUGUAUGUGUCUUCACGUUUUAAAAUGUUAAAAGUGCUGAUUAAAGUAGAAGAACUAAAAGGUAUGUAGGACCCAGUAACCGUCCUUCAUAGUUUGUAUACCCUCACCUCUCCCUAAUUAAAUAAUUAGCAGCAGGUAAAUUAUCAGGUUGCUGAUGCCUAGGAAAAAAAGCGUUUUGUUUGAACUGCUAGGGGCACGGCAGCAGUGAAACUUAUCAGAGAAAAACUAUUUUGUUUAUUAGGUUGGAAUAGUUAGGAUCAAUGAAUGUUUAAAAGUUUGUUUGUAGUUUAUAACUUGUUUUAGUUUCCUGAACACUGGCUCAAAUUGAGAAUUUCAUGUGAACAAUAAUAUGUGUUAAACAUAAUUCUUAAUGUCAAGAUAUUAUUUCAUUAAAUCAUUUUACAGUUCAUGUUUUUUAAUGGACUACUCCCAUGCAUCUGGACAACUUUGAUAAAAAUUAUACCUAGUGAUAAAAUGACUUAUUCCAUAAAAAAUAAAAUUGUCGAGUUUUUAAACAAACAUGGGUUGUAGACUAGCUCCACCCCUCCAGUGGUGUAAACUGCAGAGUCAUGGAACAUUCUCAUGGCUGCAUAAGUCUAUUCUAGGACAAUUCUAACCAUACAAAAAGACCAAGAUCUCCAUAGUCCGAUAUCUCACCAAUAACCUACCUACACUUCAAAGGACAAGCUUUCUAACCAUCAAGCAGACAGAAAUGCAGUGGAAUGUGCUUCACAGCUGGGUAGCAUUGGAGUUGAAUUUCCAUCACGGAGGGCCAAUAUCCUGUAGGUUAGAGACUAGCCAGUGAGCCCCACAAGAAGGUUCUUUCUGCUCCUCCUUUAUGGUCAUUAGUGCCGCCAAGAACAACAGUAUCACUACUCUCACACCCCAUUGCAUCUGAUCUUUCCCAUCCCAAUUUCAUACAACAGUAUGCAAAAAGACCUCGUCACUUGUUUAUAUUGAAAAAAUGCAAGGUCCAAACUUAAAGCGGCAGUGUCAUGGCCUCAUCCGUUCAUAUUUUUUUUUUUUUUUUAACCCAACUCCACUACAUCCAAUUGUCCCCCUAGUCAGUGGUGUAUUCUGGUUUUGUGCUGCCCUAGGCAUGACAAAAAUCGGUCAGCCCCCCACCCCCUUGAUAAUUACUCUUCUUGACAGACACACACCCUCACUGAUGCAUACACUGACAUGCAGUCAUUGUCACACACACUGUUUAACUAAUAGUCAUGUGCAAUUAGUUUCGUUCCGAACGUAAAUUUGGACGAAUUUCGUCAAUUCGGACAUUCCGAAGUCCUGAAUUUCCGAAGUGCCAUAUUGCCGAAGUCCAGAAUUUUGGAACUACCGAACCUCAUUUUUUGCCCAUGCACAUCCCUAUUAACUAGCACACACUUUUACUGAAACAUGCACAUUCACAGACAUACCCACUCACUCAUUCACAGUUACACUCACUGAGAGACACACACAUUGACAGAUGCACACUCAGUGUCAGACACACGCACACUAAGAUACACCCUGACAAGCACACAUACACACUCACUGACAGACAUAUAUACACUCCAUGUCAGACACACACACACACACUGAGAAACACAUAUACUCACCGACAGACAUGUAUACACUAGCUGACAUACACAUUCACUAAUAGACAGACACGCAUACACACACAGAAACACACUCUCAGUGACAGAUACUCACUGACAAAUACAUAUACACUCAGUGUCAGGUAUACACAUUCACUUGCAAACACACAUAUACUAGCUGACAUACACAUUCACUGACACACGCAUACAGUUGCAAGAAAAAGUAUGUGAACCCUUUGGAAUGAUAUGGAUUUCUGCACAAAUUGGUCAUAAAAUGUGAUCUGAUCAUCAUCUAAGUCACAACAAUAGACAAUCACAGUCUGCUUAAACUAAUAAAACACAAAGAAUGAAAUGUUGCCAUGUUUUUAUUGAACACACCAUGUAAACAUUCACAGUGCAGGUGGAAAAAGUAUGUGAACCCUUGGAUUUAAUAACUGGUUGAACCUCCUUAGGCAGCAAUAACUUCAACCAAACGUUUCCUGUAGUUGCAGAUCAGACGUGCACAACGGUCAGGAGUAAUUCUUGACCAUUCCUCUUUACAGAACUGUUUCAGUUCAGCAAUAUUCUUGGGAUGUCUGGUGUGAAUCGCUUUCUUGAGGUCAUGCCACAGCAUCUCAAUCGAGUUGAGGUCAGGACUCUCACUCGGCCACUUCAGAAGGCGUAUUUUCUUCUGUUUAAGCCAUUCUGUUGUUGAUUUACUUCUAUGCUCUGGGUCAUUGUCCUGUUGCAACACCCAUCUUCUGUUGAGCUUCAGCUGGUAGACAGAUGGCCCUAAGUUCUCCUGUAAAAUGUCUUGAUAUACUUGGGAAUUCAUUUUUCCUUCGAUGAUAGCAAUCCAUCCAGGCCCUGACGCAGCAAAGCAGCCCCAAACCAUGAUGCCCCCACCACCAUACUUCACAGUUGGGAUGAGGUUUUGAUGUUGCCGUUCUUCCAAACAACUCAACUUUGGUUUCAUCUGUCCACAGAAUAUUUUGCCAGUAUUGCUGUGGAACAUCCAGGUGCUCUUGUGCAAACUGUAAACGUGCAGCAAUGUUUUGUUUGGACAGCAGUGGCUUCCUCUGUGGUAUUCUCUCAUGAAAUCCAUUCUUGUUUAGUGUUUUACGUAUUGUAGAUUCGCCAACAGGGAUGUUAGCAUUUGCCAGUGACCUGUGUCUUUAGCUGACACUCUAGGAUUCUUCUUCACCUCACUGAGCAGUCUGCGCUGUGCUCUUCCAGUCAUCUUUACAGGACGGCCACUCCUAGUGAGAGUAGCAGCAGUGCUGAACUUUCUCCAUUUAUAGACAAUUUGUCUUACAGUGGACUGAUGGACAGCAAGGCUUUUGGAGAUACUUUUAUAACCCUUUCCAUCUUUAUGCAAGUCAACAAUCUUAAUCGUAGGCCUUCUGAGAGCUCUUUUGUGCGAGGCAUCAUUCACAUCAGGCAAUGCUUCUUGUGAAAAGCAAACCCAGAACUGGUGUGUGUUUUCUUAUAGGGCAGGGCAGCUGUAACCAACACCUCCAAUCUCAUCUCAUUGAUUGGACUCCAGUUGGCUGACAUCUAACUCCAAUUAGCUCUUGGAGAUGUCAUUAGUCUAGGGGUUCACAUACUUUUUCCACCUGCACUGUGAAUGUUUACAUGGUGUGUUCAAUAAAAAACAUGGCAACAUUUCAUUCUUUGUGUGUUUAUUAGCUUUGAGCAGACUGUGAUUGUCCAUUGUUGUGACUUAGAAGAUGAUCAGAUCACAUUUGCAGAAAUCCAUAUCAUUCCAAAGGGUUCACAUAAUUUUUCUUGCAACUGUAUAAACACUCUCAGUGACAGACACAUAUAAUCUCACUAACAGACACGCAUACUAACACACACACUUUUUUUUUUUUUUUUUAAGUGCUGGAGUGGCUUAUUCCCUGGAGUGGCUUAUUCCCUGGGGUCCAGUGGAACUGGCUGCAGCACUGCUGGUAGUGCAUGCAGGCUCACAUUGGAGAGAAUUCUGAUGCUCCCUUGUGCGCCUCUUAGUACCAGGGCUGCAGUGAUAUCAUAUUUUGGCUGAGACAUCACUGCGGGGUACGCGAGGGAGCUGAGCAGGAAGAGCUCAGGGGACAGUGCUCCCUUGCAGCCCGCCUCAUUCAUAAGCAGAUGCCAGCGUGGGAGUGGAAGUGCCAGCUUUUGGGCCACACAGGACAAGAGGCUGACAAGGCACCUGCCGGGGCAUUUGGGGGGAUAGUGUUUUUUUGCCGCCACCAUGAAAGUGCCACCUAAGGCAAAUGCCUUGUCAGCCUCGCACUAAAUACAGCGCUGCCCCUAGUCACCCCCAAAUGCCCCUAGGUCCCCCUGUUUUUCACCUGUUUAUACAUCCCAACGUGCAAAAAUGCAUUUCAGGGAGGUGGCUACACCAGCCACCACCCCCCACCGCACGCCACCCCGCGCAUCCCCCCCAUAGCCACCAGACAUGUAUGAAGACUUUGACACACACAUAAACGCACUAUUAUAUACACACAAUCAGAUAUACUUUUACACAUAGAUACACACACUGGCGCAUACACUCAGAUACACACUGACAUAGACAGAUACAGACACUAGCACAUACACUCAGAUACACAUGCUGGCACACGCACACAUACAAACACUGAUACAUACACUCAGAUACACACACUGGCACAUACAUUUAGAUGCACACUGACACUGGAACUUACUACUGGCAUACACACAAUUUGACACGUCAUACUUUAUAUAUUUGCAGAAACCCUCCUGUAUGGAUAACUUUGUGUCCAGAAGGGUGGCUUGAUUGUGGUGCAGGUCCUGACUGAGGCUGAUGGGAGUGAGCUGCUACUGCAUGCAGCCUCUCCUCUGUGUGCUCCAGCCCCUCCUCUCUCCAUUCCUGUGUGCCUCUGUUACCUGCUGCCUCCUCUGUCCAUGCCUCCUGGGCAGGCUGUUUACUGUAAAGCUGGGAGGAAGUGGCUGUCACUUCCUCCAUGCCAGGUUAUAUCACAUGGGCUCGGUUGGCUCUUAAAAGGGUUGGCACCUGACCGGGCCCCCUGUUUAGCAAUAAUUAUAGGUGGGGGGAAGAGGGGUGCAAAUCAUAUGAAAUACAAUGGAAAUCACACACACACCUCAGAUUGUGUGUGAUUUGCGAGAUAUUACAUGUGAUUUGCAUGUAUCAGGGAGCCCCAUUCAAAAUGCAGGAAUCUUCAGGAACUACCGGGAGACUUGGGAUGUCUGCCUGUUGAUUUUUUUUUUUGCCCAGACCUAGGUCUUAGGUGCUGCCAUCUUUGUGUGGGCAGAUGAAAGACCUGUGGGACAUUUCAUCUGCCCACACUAGAUAGUGCUCCCUGCCACUCUCUAACCCACUCCAACCCCUCACUCUGUAGCAGUCAACAUGAUCCCCAUAUUCGCAUAAGGGAGAUUAAAAUCUUACUCCCUAUGCUGCAAGUAUGGGGCAUGUCUACUAAAUAGUGAGCAGUCAUUGAGGUGGUCUUUUUUUUUUUUUUUUUUCACUUUGCAACAGCGAGUAGGGGCGUUAGGGAGAUUUUAAAUUCCCUAAUUUACUAAGUAAUUAUUAUGUAGUAUUAGUAAAGUAGCCUGAAAGAUCAAUUUUGGUCAUUCAGCUUUAGUAGAUAGCUCCCUAAUUCUUGUGGGGAUUAGGGGACUAUCUACUAAGCGACUCAAGAGCAUCCCCAGCAUGGAUUAAAAGAUGUAGCCGCAGCGCGAACCAAACUAAAUCCACUAAUUUCGUCCAAACAACGAUGGAAAAACUGUACUCAUUUUGUUAGGACAUAAUUUGGAGAAUUCGCCGGCUGUAAAUGACAGGACGUUCGAACCGCGAAUGAAUCAACGCAAGAUCACGGAGGAGAGGUGAGUAUUGUGGGGAAAAUUCUUUGACCACAGGAAAUGGAGUGGACUUAACAUCUUAUUUUGGUCAAAGUAGUCCCUACUUUGUCUUAUGUUUUAAAGUAAACUGGAUCAAACUAAGAAAAGAAGAACAGGUUCUGAGAAUGAAAGAGAAACAGAAGGGAUUGGGGAAAGGUAUGUUCGGCAUUACAGUGCCACUUUAAGGGCAAAAUCUGACCUGAGAAAAAAAGUUACUUUAGUCCAUUCAACUUGCAUAUAAGAGGAGCAAAAUCCACCAAUAAAACCGGUGCAUCAAUAAAACGUGAAAUCUAAAGCUGCUUUCUCCAUGCCAGAGCAGGAAGUGGUAUACUUAAUAGGGUAUAUCACCUAAGAGAAUAAAAAUUGUUAUUAAAAGAAAAGACUGAUUUAGAAGCUCAUUAAAGUGAUACAAUGAAAGGUUGAACACAAAUAAUGGAAAAUAGUUACUAUAAGUUUAGAAAGCUGAGAAUGGAAACACUUGAUGUUCAGUUUCAAUUGUUAACCAAAAUAAAACAAUUAAAAGAAACACACGGCUCUAAAAAAUGGUAUAAAGGAAGAGAAAAUUUAAUAUAGGGCUGUGCACAAUGGGUGUGGACCCUGAUAGCAAGUGUGAAAUACAAAAUACCAAGUGGUAUAAGAAGAAAAACAAAGCAGAGCCCAAAAAUAAACAUAUAUAAAAAAGAAAAUUACUUUUAUUUAUAGGGUAAAAUAGCACAGUAAUCCACAAAAAGUCUAAAUUUAAAUCUAAAAUAUACUUAGGAGAAAGGUCCUUACAACAAUAAACAAAGUGGUGUUGGUCUACUAAAUCAUGCCUUUGGAGUGGAAAUGAAAUACUAACAUCUGUCUCCCGUGGUGAGACAAUAAAAUAGCGUAGAUAUCCUGCAGGCAAUAAUAAAGGUAAUAGACUUCUAGCCUCUUGUAAUCUCACUAUCCGACCCAACAAGUUUAACAAUGUAUCAAUUUAAACAUCCAGAGUCUGUUAGAUAAGGGGCUACAAUGUAUGUGCCUGAAAUUAAUAGUAUGAUACAUUAAAAGAAACAUAUAGCCAAAUGGUGAAAUAAUCAGCCAUGAUUAAUGGAUAAAAAAAAUAUAUAUAUAUUAUAAAAAGAGCUCUUAAAUUGUUUCUAUUCUUUAUUGAUUUUAAAAGAAGAAAAAAAACAAUACACUUGCAUAAAAUUACAUAAAACAUUGCUAUAAAAUUAAAGAGCUCUUAAAUUUAAGAGCAGCAUAUAACUCCAUUUGUGGUUAGAGAAAAAAGCCGAACAAUUUAGAGGUGUAUGUAAUUUGGUUGUAGCAUGCCAAAACCGACGUUUGGGAAGGCCUGUAAAAAAAAAAAAAAAAGCGGGCCCACCAAGUGAAUUAUGUGAGAGGAGCAGUGGGUUGGAUGAACCAGAUGGUAUUGGGGUGGCCUGUGGUUUUAUAUUCCGGGUAACCAUUGCCGUGCAUGCGCAUUGGAUCUCCUCCGCCAGCUGACUGCCAAGGGGGAGGAGCAAAGCUGGACCCGAGCCUGCAUCGUGAGACAUCGGCACUGGACCCAGGUAUGUAACAGAAGGGGCUAUAACAAGUUUGUUUUCCUGGCAGUAUAGUUUCCCUUUACGGUGAGAUACUCCUUACACAUAAAUCACUUAAGGAUGACGGUGUGGAGUUGUCCUUUAAACAUUCAGCUAAAACUUAUAAAAUAAACAUAUAAAAAAGGGCAGGGAUAGGCAACCUUUGGUACUGCGGAUGUUGUGGACUACAUCACCCAUAAUGCUGACAAAGUUAAGUGAUUAACUUUUUUUUUUUCUUUACUUACACAAACCAUUCUUUCACUGCAUUGUGCAUGCCCAAGAAGCACCACUGAUUUCUAUGGGAUAUUAGUAAACAUACACAAACAUUUACUUCUCUUCACUUGAAAUCUAAGGGAAGUCAGAGAAUGGCUGAGAUAUCUCAACCAAUUCCUGUUGCAAAUUAUAAUCUAAGAAGGUAGAACAGACCUUGAUAAAUCCGAGAAGAGAUGCUCUCAAAAGUAUGUUUUUGUGUUGUUGUUUUUUUAUGUGCAUAUUCUUAAAAUAUUAAUACAACUAGUUAUUGAAGUGUAUUUCCCACAAUAAAACUGUUUCAGCAUUUUUAACAAGAAAAGAUUGAUAGUUUGACUUUUUUCUGAUCUUCAUUAACUUGGAUGAAGUCAAACCUGUUUCAUUUCAGGUAACCUCUAAUUUCUAAGGUGAAUAGUUGCUAGGCAUCGUUACUCGGAUGCCUCUAUUGUCUAAUAUAAACAGUGCUUCAUAUCUAGGGAUACCACAUACCGAGCAGCUGCUGUGAUUAUCCAGCAACAAGGUUUUCCUUCAGAAUUUAAAGGUAUUUUAUAUAAAAAGAGCUAAUACAGUUUAUCCUUUUUAACAUGUGGUUUAAAUAUUAACAGUAUAUUCUAUAAAUGUCAAUAUGACAAAAUGAACAUGUUAUUUGUAUCAUAAGAGGCAAGUGAAGGGUUAAGGCAAUCACUUUCAAACGUUAUAGAUAUUAAGGGCAUAUCAGAAUACCAAUUUCAGUUUUUCAGGGACAACUGAAGCAUUUCUUUAUCUAUUCUUAAUAAAUAUUUUUUAAAAUAUAUUAAUAAUGCUAUGCCAGGUAGAUUUAAAUGUAUUAUAAUUAAACCCCAGCAUAGUUUCUGCACUAGUGCUACAAUCACUUUAAUUUAACCGCAUACUUUUAAGAUCUUUCCAAUAAAAAAAAUAUAGUGGAAAAUAAAUUUGUACCCUUCAUAGCAUGUAAUCAAAGCACAAAAAGCAAUUUAGUUUAUAGACUGCUUUUUAUAGGUAAGAUAGUCCAUACAGAAAAGUAAAUAUAGUGAAAAAACAUUCCUAUGGUUUUUUGUAACAAAUCUGAUGGCUUUUAUAGUAAUGCCAGCAUAGUAUUUUUGUCUACAUACAGUUUGUGCAGUUACUUGGCCAAGAAUCAGUCACUGGGCAUACUGUUACAUAGUGUUGCUAAAGAAAAUGUCUAAAUUUGGGUUGACAUAAUUACACGUUGAGACUGGACAACAAGUCAAGAAAAUACUAUAUUAGGGCUUGUCAAAUCCAAGGAGCCAUGACUCCAAGAAAUGUUACCUUUAGUGCUUAUCGUGAGGAGUUUUUUAUUUAUUUUUUUUUAUUUAGAAAAUAAUAAUUUUUUAACAAAAAUAUUGUCAGUUUACGGUUUAGUGAAUAAAUUUGUCUGCCACUGCUUGCUUCCUGUAUUUUUUUUAAACAGAUAUCUUAUGUAGAGUAAAUUCCUCCCAAGUGUCCAACUUUUGGAGGGGCAGACCCUUUUCUUGAUCCAAAUAACCCUGUCUCUAUAUCCUAACUGGUGCUCUGCUUUGUUAUGAAAUGUGUGAAUAAGUACACCAAUAAUGGUUAUGAUAUUGUGCAUUUAAACUUUAAGGUAAAUGUUGUUAGGAAUACAAAAAUAGAUAACAGUGACCCAAUGUGUGCUAAGUGCAAAUGUGUAAGAAACUCUGACACCCUGGUGAGGUUCCCUUAACCUUCACCAACAAAGGAAUACAAGCACAACAAAAUAUAAGGCGGAGUAUCUUACAUGCACUUUUCAAGUAGUCCUUUGCAUAGGUACAUUUCUUAUAGUGUACUCUAAAGAGAAUAAAAUAACAGAAAAAUAGUGCAAUAUUGCUUGUACUCUUAAUUUUGCAAGUCCAAUCAAAUCUUGAUAAAUGCAAACUCACAAAGGUGGAGCAACUAAGGAUUGGGCUCAAGUUGUUCACUUUGUGGGAUGUAAAGGGUCCCACUCCCUCCUCUGUGUUCCAGGUUCCUUAUGAAGGGUAAUCACAGGCUCACAGGUAAAAUAUAAUAGAAUAACAUUUAUUAAUAUAAACAAAAUAAAAAGAAUAUUAAAAGACCUUACAAGCUCUGUUGAACAGUCUUAGUAGCAAAACGCGUUUCGCCCCUUCAAGGGGCUUCCUCAGUUGCUGUAAAUUUUCCUGGAUAAUUCUUCGUUUUUUAAAAGCCUUUCGUUGCCGCUUUUUUUCCUUUUCUCUUCAUUUCCGGCUCGCCGGACUUCCGGUUUCCGGUCCUUGCGUUCCACCCUUGGAACGCACAGCCAUCGUGUAUAGCUAUACACGACAGCUGUGCGUUCCAAGGGUGGAACGCAAAGACCGGAAACCGGAAGUCCGGCGAGCCGGAAAUGAAGAGAAAAGGGAAAAAAAGCGGCAACGAAAGGCUUUUAAAAAACGAAGAAGCCUUUCGUUGCCGCUUUUUUUCCUUUUCUCUUCAUUAUAAUGUGGUAGGAAGGAAGGUCUUAAUGAAAAAAAGCCUCUCGGGGAUGCCCAUGUACAGAGCACUGUUAAAGUGCUCUCGUAUGGGCUUAUUUUCCUAGAUUUAGUUUGCAAAGUGAAGGGGAGUCUAAUAAUGCACCCUUGCUUACUAGGUUUAUAUUUCUGGUGGAAAGGAAAAAGGUCUCACAGGGGCAUACCCAACUGAUAAGGGCCUUAUUUAAAUGCAAAAACAUAUUCCGAAAAAGUGGAACCGGAGAUCGUUUGAUAACCCUUUUUAUUAAAAAUAGAGCAUAUAACAAUAAUAACGUUAAAAAAGUGAAGAUCCUAAUGUGACAACUUAAGGCAAUGUCAAUAAACUGAAAAAAGUUAAAAAUGAAAGACAAUACCCUCCCAGAACCUAUGCCAGUGUUAGGGAAAAUCCUUUAUUAGAUGCUAUGGUAAAUGGUAAGGGUAUGUCUACUAAAUAUCUCUUAUAGGGUAAAGCUAUAUUACUAGGAAUAGGGUAACCAGGACUAAAUGCAUAACAGACGUCACCAACGUGGAAUCCACACUGGAGUCUAUUAAAAUGAGGAAGCCAAAUUGUUACAUAUAUGUAACAAAGUGACACUCUGUGGAUUAUAUGAUUGACUAUAAUGUUGCAAGAAUUGUAUCGAAAUAAAUAUCCCUUAGAGUAAAAUACACAGAAUAUGCUGUGUUGGUAAGCUAGAGACAGAGAAAGAAGGUAUAUAAUAGAACAGUGAUGGCGAGCCUUUUUGAGCCCGAGUGCCCAAACCGCAAUACAUGCCAACUUUUUUUUUCCUCAAAGUGCCAACAUGGCAAUUAAACCUGAAUACUGAGGUUUAAGUGUAGAAAAAAACUACUCUUACAGUUGUCCGAACUAAUUAACAACUUUUGUUUUAAAAGAAGAACACAACAGAGUUCAAUGAUACACAUUUUAAAUUAUGAUAUAAAUAGAUAAAAUUAAGCUUAUAUUUAUUAGUAUCUCCAACAAAUGCAAUACAUACACAGACUGCUGAACACGUUCACACACCGUCCGCUAAAUACACACCCACACCGUCUGCUAAAUACACCCCCACACCGUCCGCUAAAUACACACACAGACAGAUUGCUGAAUACAAACAGACUGCUAAAUACAUUCACUGCUGAAUACACACAGACUGCUAAAUACAUACACUGCUGAGUACACACACUCACAGACUGCUGAGUACAUACACACACACACACAGCCUGCUGAGUACACACACACAGACUGCUGAGUACACACACACAGACUGCUGAAUACAUACACACUGCUGAAUACAUACACACUGCUGAGUACACACAGACUGCUGAAUGCAUAUACACACACACACACAGACUGCUGAAUACACACACACACACACACAGACUGCUGAAUAUACACCCACAAAGACUGCUGAGUACACAGACUGCUGGACACACACACACACAGACUGCUGAACACACACACACAGUCUGCUGAAUACAUACACUGCUGAGUACACACACACACAGACUGCUCAGUACACACACACACAGACUGCUCAGUACACACACACACAGACUGCUCAGUACACACAGUCUGCUGAAUACAUAUACACACAUACAUACUGCAUUGAGGGGUGGGGUGCUGUGUGUGUGGUGGGUAGGGGUGCUGUGUGCGGGUAGGGGUGGCGUGUUGUGUAGUGUGUGUAUGUGGGUGGGGGUAGAGUUGGGGUGCUGAUAGUGCUGUGUGUAGGGGUAGGGGUGCUGUGGGGGUAGGGGUUCUGUGGGGAGGGGUGGUGGGUGGGGGGGUAGGGGUGCUGUGACGGAGAGUAGGGGUGCUCUGGGGGUAUGGGUUCUGUGGGGGGUAUGGGUUAUGUGGGGGUAGGGGUGCCGUGUGUGUGUGUGUGUGGUACAGGUAAAAAUACAUUUAAAAAAAAAAAAUUAUAUUCUGUAUCCCCCCUCCCUUCCUCUUACCUUUGGUGAAGGAGGGGGCGGACACAGCCAUCCCUGGUGGUCCGGUGGUGGUAAGUAUUGUAGGAAGCAGCUCUCCUAUUAUCCCGCGCGAUGCUGUGUGGCAACGCUCCACACAGCUUGCUUGCAGGAGGAUAGGAGAGCUGCUUCCUAGAGCCCUCCCCCUGCCUCCCGACACGGAAGCAGAGUAGGCACCUACCGUUUCGGGCAGGCAGGUCCCUACUCUGCAGACAGCCAGCGGCCCCCUCUCCCGGCGACCUAUGGCUGCGUGCCAACAGAGGGCCUGGCAUGCCACCUGUGGCACGCGUGCCAUAGGUUCGCCAUCACUGUAAUAGAACCUUCAGAGUACUCUGUGGUAAACAACUGCAGAAAGGGGAUUGUGCAGCAAGAAACUGGCCUUUAGCAUAGGAUAUAAUACAUAAUUAUAGCAGACUAGGAUUACAGCCCACAAUACCCCUAUCUUAGCCGGUAAGAAUAUAUAACUGGAUAAACUAGUCCCUCGGUUAAGCUAAAAGAUAGAAAUGUGUGUUGCCUAGUGGCUGGCAAGGAGUCCUGAGAGAAAUAAUUCUUAGAUCAUUGUUGAGCCGGAGUGCCUAGGUUACUAAAUAAAGUAAACUAGCGCCUGAUAGCUAUAGGAUAUAGAACAGAUAUGCUCAUCUUGGUAAGGUGCACACUGCCUAAAAUCGAAAGUAAACCUGUAUUACUAAAGUCUCUAUAUAAGCGUACUUAUAGUAGAACAGACACUGGAGGCUUGAGGCUAGCUGAACCCAAACUAGAGUAAACAAAUAAAACUGCCUAAGUAGAUUAAACUGCCCAAAUCAUAACACCCAAUAAAGUGAAAGGAAAGAAAAAUAAAGCGUUAAACGCCUGACGCGCGUUUCGGUGCACACCAGAUUUAAAUUUUUUCAGUUUAUUGACAUUGCCUUAAGUUGUCACAUUAGGAUUUUCACUUUUUUCACUUUAUUGUUACAUGCUCUAUUUUUAAUAAAAGGGUCAUCCAACGAUCUCCGGUUCCGCUUUUUCGGAAUAUGUUUUUAUAUUUGUGGUGUCCUCAGAAGCAAGACUUUAGGAAUCAAACCCGUGAUGGAACACAUGAGCCUGUUGGGAAGUAUUUAUUGCUUGGGUCUUAUCUUAAAGGAAAAGUAAAGGCACCCAGACCAUGCAUCUCAAUGAAGAUGUAUAGGUGCAGUGGUCCUGAAGUAUAUUUACAUCGAAUGGUUAAAUACACCUCUAGUAACAGUUUUCUUACCAGCCACUUGAGGUGCUUUCGCCUUAUAGUCUUGAAAAAGUAUUGUUAUUUUUGGGACUAUAGGUACCAUUUCAAUGGGUUAUUUAGUUGCAUAAAUGGAUAGCAAUAUUAGUAAUAUUAAACUUUUCUAUAUAUGUUCUCACCCACAGGCCAUGCUUUUAGCAACACCCAUUUAAACCACACGUGUCCAACACAUUAGAACUGUUCAUAAAUAAUAAAAAAAAAUGAUGACAUUUAACUUUUUGCAAUAGUAUUCCUUUAAACCCCAUGUGUUGUUGAUUUGUGUUUAGCAUUUUGCUCAUUACUAAUGCAUAUGCCAUACAAUCAAGGUAACAUGUUAACCAUAUAUUCUUAUAGUGUUGUACACGGAGUGCACUCAUUUUCAGUAAUAUUUUGGGUGUAAAGAAGUUUUCGCCUAUUAAAAUGAUUCAUUCCAUGGGCUGGAUUCUGCCUAUUGCAGUAAAUUGCAGCUCCAACUGCUCAAACGUUAUAUGUCAACAAAACAUAAAUUCCAAGAAACGCUCCCUCUAAUUUUCUUUUCUUUAGAUCUCAGUCAUAUUUUACUUUGCAAUGUACAUAAAUUGAAAAGAUAAACCAUCAUGAAACCAUACUGACCCAGUGAAUAUAUACACAAAAAACAAGAAAAAAAGUACUUCAGGGACUUCUAUAAAACAGCUUUUAUUUACAUGAUCCAAUAAAAUGUCGAUGUUUCACCUCCCAACUUUCAUCAGGACAAUAAAGAUAUAUAUGAUUAUUCUGUAUAUGCGUGUGUGUGUGUGUGUGUGUGUAUGUAUGUGUAUAUAUGUUUAUGUGUGUGUGUGUAUGUAUAUGUAUGUGUGUGUGUGUGUGUAUGUAUGUAUAAAAUUUGUGUGUUUUAUAUACUUUUGUUUGUACUGUACUAUACAUUUUCAUUUGCAGGCGCCACCGCUGCCCCCACAACCCUACAAUGAUUUUCGAGAAAUCUGGAAAACCAUGUGUUCUUACUGAAUAUGUAGAAAAAUAUCCACAGUAUGAUCAAGUGCUGCCACCAAAAAGCAUGAAACCCAAGGAAGAAUUGCAAGAAAACCGUGGAAGAAUGGAAGGAGUCUCAACCUUUAAGUUAGUAUACUUUAAUUGCUGUAAUAUUAAACAUCAAACUAAUUUUCAUCUGUUUCAACAUUUACUUACAGGACACCAAAAAGCUAAAUGUACCAAGUAACCCACAAGAAAAAAGUUUAUAUGCAAGCAUUUACAUGUUAGCAGGCUGGGUGAAGUAGAGGUAUAAUUCAGCAGGACUCCUUGGAUACAGUGGUGUCUCUAGGAACAAGGCGGCACAUAAUACACCACACUCAAUAAAGGGGAGCACUAAUAAUUUUUACCUCUAAAUCAUAGUAAUAGUAAGUUGAGUCUCGUCUAUAGGGGCACCUCUAAUAAAAGUAUUUUUCUGGAGGAAGAAAGGUAAUCUGAAAAAAGGGGUUAAAGUGUAGAUUAACAUACUCCAACCAUUGCCUAUGUUUGUGUCAAAAUAAGAAAUAUAUGUCUCUCCCUUUCUGAAAUAGGAUUCAGUUCUGCAGGCGGAUGCCAUUAUGGCAGACUCAGAGAGUGACACUCGCACAGACAGUGACACUAUCACAGCGUCUGACAUUGAGCCCCUAAGUAACUCCUCCAGUGAUGGUUUCCCCCAACACCAUCUACAAGAAGGCGCUCAGAAUGCCCCACAGUGCCAGAGGAAAACUAGGUACCCCCAAACAGGACUGCCCCAGAAAUACCCCCAUUAAUGGCUACACCUGACAUCACAACAACAGUAGAUGUUUGAGAGUAACUGAGCUAUUUUAGCAUCAUUAUGUCAGAUGACAUAUUUAAGCUGAUGGUUGAGUAAACCAACUUGUUUGCCAGCCAGUAUCUGUCUGCAUAUCCAGGAUUGCAUUACAGUAGGAACAUGUGGCUCCUUACUGAUGUUGCAGAAAUUAAAACAUUUUGGGCUCCAAAAGGACUCCAGUUAUUACGGUCUUCCUGCCCAUCUCUACCUGCUCUCUGCAUAAAAGACUGUUUCAUAGUCUACCAUGCAGAGCUGAACUAUUAAAUCACUAUGUAUGUGACUUUGUCAGUUUGCUUAUUCUGAAUUUCUGACCGCGGCUUGUCCUGAUUAUUCUUUAUUAGCUGCCUGAACCAACUCAUUGGCUUGUUAUACCGACUACUCUAACUUCUGGAUUCAUAUGACCUUAGUCUUUGCUUGUUUAUGUUAAGCCCAGCCAUUAUAAAAGUAGCCAAACUACUCUGAAUCCAACAUUUAGAAUACUUGUUAAAUGGUUUGCCAUCAUGGGGGCAAUAUUUUUUGUUAGGGUGCCAUGUUCUCUCAAAGGCAACAUAGGCAAAAAAAAAAAAAAAUCACUUUGUCAAAGUGUGUGUGUAAGAAAAAACCCUGUACAUGGUGGGUACUGUUGUACUUGUGAGAUAUGGCUGAAUACAAAUAAACAAAUCUAAGUUUUACUGUUUUAGAGCAGUAAAACAUAAAAUGGCGAUGACACUAUCAGUAAAAUUGCAGUUUUUGUGUUCUGAAUAAUAACUUUGGCUAGGGUUUGUGACUACUAAAAAAGACUGGGCAUACCCUAUUUUAAAUACCUAGGGUUGUCUACUCAACAAAUGGUAUGCCAGGGGGUAAUUCUCAUUCCUGGGCUGCCAUACUGUCUCAAAGGCAACAUAACCAAUCUGGUAAAUUUAAAUGUGUAAAAACUGAAAUGGGAAAGCCCUAUAUUUGACCCCAAAACUUAAAAAAAAAAAGGGGGGGGGGGAGGAAGGGAAAACACAGGAGUAGGAGGACCACUAAAAGAGAGGGAAGGAAGGGGAGAAGAACACUAAAGGGAUGAGGGGGGCACUAUUAUUAUUUUUGACAUUUUUAUAUAGCGCCAACAGAUUCCGGAGCACUAAGAGACAGGUAAGGGGAGGGAGGGGAGAGGAACACUAAGGGACGAGGACAACUAAGGGACGUGGAGGGGAGAAAGACACACAGAUUGGCCUAGGGAGAGAGUGAAGCACAGAGGGGCUGUGGAUCAAGGGAGACACAGAAGGGCCAGAAGGUGGAAAUACAAAGGGGCUGGGAUGAAAGAGACACAGAGGGGCUAGAGAAGAGGAAUAAGAGACACAGAGGGGCUGGGGGGAGAUAGACGGCUGGGGGUGAAAGAGAAACACACAAAGAGGGUUUAUAAGUGAUACACGAGAGGUGUAAGAUACACGAUGGGGAAAAAAUAAGAGAUAAGAUACACUAAAGAGGGUAAAACAUUUUAAAAAGGGGAUAUGAAACAAAAGGCGAGCUAAAAGGCACACAGGUGAAGAUGCUUUUUUUGGGGGGUGCCAAAAUCAUCUUCGCAUGUGUACCCAAAAAUCCUUGCCCUGGCCCUGUUCAUAAAUAAAUAUUUGAUGUCAAAUAAAAAGCACAUUUCUCAUGAAUAAAAUUAUAUAUAAGAAGUGUGGGUGCAUAUGAAAAAGGUAAAUUGUGGUUGAACAAACAUAUCUUAAAUUCUAAAGUUUGGUCAGAACUUGUAAAAUAGCCCCCGUCCUUAAGGAGUUAAACAGAUCUUGUAAAUACGAUUUGAAACAUUUAAACAGAAGUUAUAUUUGCUUUUCUCAUCCAUAUUGAUUCAUGUCUUGAUAAAUUUAAAUAUAAAUUUUUAACAUUCCUACAUGUUUUAGGUCAGAUUAUCUUCCAUAUGAUGUGCUUAACCGACCAAGACGUCAUCAGGAAGUAUAUAAACCAAAGCCUGGCCACAUGGAUCAUGGAACAACCUAUAAAAGGGAUUUUAAUACUUAUGAAAUACAACCCGUGGCACCAGUGCGUCCAGUCGAAAGACGACAGAAUAUUGGAAAGUUUGAUGGAAACCCUACAUAUAAAGGUAACUUUACCUGUCUUUAAGAGAACCUCCAGGUUGGAGUUGGCCGCCUAAUCCUUUUUAAUGCAAGUUAAAAAUGAGGAGAAAACCUUACUUUAUUCACUAAAGUGAGAAUUCAAAGUGAAUUUAAAAUUUAAGGUCAAAGUAGCUAUGCUUUCAAUUCAUCUACUGUGGAUGUAAAUUUGAAAUUCACUUUGAAAUCUCACUUUAGUGAAUGACCCUGUAUAAAGUGAACUCACAUGAGAUCAGGAAGUGUCAGAAAGCUUGUGACGGAGCUCCUGUACUCCGAGCGAGUACCUCCACCCAAUCCGCUUGCAGGGAUCCUGGAAGAGUUUCGCCCAGUCGCCUAAGCUUGACUGGGGUCUCUCAGGAGCUCUUCUACCCUACCAGGCUGCAGCUCUCCUUUCAGGCAGAGAUCGUCCCCUCAGCCUAUACAGCUGCAGCGCUUCUUCCAGGCAGAUAUCCAGAGCACUGCCUAUAAGGUGAUUAUAGCUGUUGCCUUUACAAAGGCAAUUGCGGCUCUCAGGCCUUGCUCUUUUGAUUUAUCACAGGACUAGAGGGAUCUUGCAGCCAGCAAACAGAUCCAAAGACUGUCACUUGGAUCCCUAAAAAUCCACACAGGACACAAGUUCCAAAAGGAACUAUCAUGCAAUACUUAGCAUGAUAUGCUGCGACAAACUCAAUAAAAUACAAUUAACCAAAUCAUAUCAGAAAACAUACAGGAACUUAUAAUAACAUAACAUAUUUAGAAAGUGGUGGGGGAGACAAUAUUAAACUCAAAACAUCUCUCCUGCCUGCAGAAUUCACAAUAUAUGCAAAUCUACCUGAAUAUGCAAAUUGCUAUUCAGGUAGUGCAUACAGCUGUUGCUAGAUCCUUGAAACCAACAGGUGGCGCUGUGCAGGCUCAACAGCCAAAUCCACCUAGUUGAUUUGUAAGCAUUAAUAAGGCAGGAGAGCACACUAACAUUUAACACUAAACAAUUACAUUAUACACACCCUGCACCUAUAAUGGGCACAGGGUAACUAAAACAUAAGAAUAGUACAGAGACCUACAUAAAUAGUCUGUCUAAAGCUCCUGGUGAUGAUGACUGUCACAAAGCUGUCAGCCAAUCCUGAUCGCUUUCAGUGAAGUUUUGUGCAGAUCCAAUAAACCACUAGACCAGAGGUGUCAUGCAUACAGCCCUUGGGUCGGAUAUGGCUAUGUACCCAGCCCACAGUGACAAUAUUGAUUCUCUGUCUUCCUGACACUGAGAGUAUGCAACAACAAAAAAACAAGUGUUUUCUGUAUCAGCUCUCUUCUUUUUCCCAUUGUACUUGGCUGCAGGUCUCACAGUGGACAGUGCUAAGAUAUAAGUAAUGUAUUGAAUUGUACUGCCCCCCCCCUCUCCCUCUCCCUCUCUCUUAAAGGCCACACAGCACAGCUAGAUGCAAGGGGAAAGAGACACAAGGCAUACUCACUAAAGUAAUAAAUGCCAGGAUUUCUAAUUGAAUACCAAGUAAAUUUCAAAAUUAUGGUAUGGCUCAAAUAGCCAAUUUCAAAUUAAGUAAAUUUUUUUGUUCAGAUUGGCUAUUUUGGGCUUACAUUUAAAAUCCAGUUUGAAUUCCCAGCAAUUCUUACUUUAGUGAUUCAUCCUGACAGGUUGAGAGAGAGUUGUUCAUGGAAAUGCUCCAUUCCUUUGCUGUCUCUCUACUAUACUGCCAGGGAUGGGUCCUAUCAAGAAAAGGUAGACAAGUGGGGUUGGACUCAUGUAAAGUAAAAUGAAUAAGCACCAAAACACCUUUAGCUUAGUGAAGCAGUUUUGGUGUAUAGAUCAUGUCUCUUCAGUCUAACUACUAAUUUCUCUGCCAUUUAGGAGUUCAAUCUAAUUCUGUUUAUACAGCCUGCUGUUAUAGCCUCAUGUCCCCUGACUAUGUCUCAAGGAGCAGUUUGAAAAAAAACGGUUUCAUUUUGAGUCAGAUCUUAAAGCACAGUGUGUUUAGGAGUUAUUAUAUCCAGCUCUAGCAAACAAUUAACAUAGCAGGAGAUACAGUCUUCUAAAUGAAACACACUGUGCAAUAAAGGAAGCUUGUAAUUAGAUCUCUCUUUACAAAAAGUGUUUAUGGAAGCUGAGAAAGUUGUAGGCAGGGGAGGUGGGGUAGGACUGCAUAACUCCUAAAUGGAAUUGAGUAGUGUGAUUACAGAGACAUGAUCUAUGCACGAAAACCACUUCGUUAUGGUAAAGUUGUUUAAGUGCUUAGAGUGGCAUGAUGUUUUCUUGUUGGAAAGAUAUUUUGAUUGUGAAUGCAAGCCUUAAUAUACUCGUCAUUGUUUUAUAAAUUAUUGUUUAUUUGUUUUUUAAAAGAUGAUUUCAAAGCAUGGGAUAUCCAAAAAAGGGAACUUGCGAAACAGGAUAACGCUUACCAACCUCCAAAAGAGAAGUUCGGUAAUUUAACUACCUUUCAGGAUGAUUAUUUUCAAAAGGAGCUGAUCCCAAGAGAAAGCUACAGACCUCCAAAUGUAUCUAGACGUAUCAACAUUCCUUUUGAUGGCCUUACAAGCCAUCGUAUUUCCUACAUACCGUACAAACUGGAACCAAAGCUUGUUAGAGAUAGAGAAGAAUAUAAGCCUAGUAGCCAACCAUUUGAUGAUCUCACCACCCAUCGCCUCAAUUACAAGGGUGCACUUGGUGAGUUAACAAAGAGCUUUAAACCAGAGCAUGGGAAAGUUGGUAGCAGUGCAAGGUUUGAAGGUAGCUCUGAAUUCAAAGAUAGCUUCCAGCCAUGGCUGAUACCCUCACGUUAUAUUCAUAAAGUGGAUGAGUAUAUUCCACCUAAUGCUCACAUGGAGUCAGAUACUACAACUCAUAGAGAUUAUGUUCAGCACCAGCUAAGUUAUGUUGCCCCCGCCAGACCUGUGUCCCAUGGUAGAAGAAGUAGUGCACCCUUCCAAGGAAAUACUACAAUGAAAGAUGAUUUUAAAGCCUGGGAAGCCCAGCGUCAAGGAAUUAUCAAGAGAGAGCAUCAAUUGCCAAAUGCUAGUGGAAAAUUUGAUGGAUUAACUACAUUCCGAGCUCACUAUCAGCCCCAUGAGAUAAGUCUCACUGAAAAUUAUAAGCCUUACAUGGCAGUCCGAAAUUAUGUUCCAUUUGAGGGUGAAACCAUGUAUCACUCAGAGUAUACAGCCAAAAAGAAUGAAAUCUGUCCAGCAGUUUAUCCAUCUCCACCUGGCUAUGUUUUUGAAACUGUUGAUAGCCGAGGCCACAAAAUGUACCGGAAGACUCUUACUCCAGAAAUGAAUACAUUUUCUAAGGAAAAUGGAAACAAAAUGGCUCAAGCUAUCGCUGUGAUGUCUUAAAUGAAGUUAAGAAGAAUAUAUUGUGCAAAAUAAAUUACAAUCUAUAUUCUGUAGAAACAUUUGAAUUUUACUAAUCAUUUUUUCUAUUUUCAUUUAUCAUAUAUAUUUGCUAUCUGUAUAUUCACAGGGCUCAACAAUGCCUCUUGGGGGCAUGAUGAUACAACUUAAUAUUAUAUUUUAAAUAUUAUUAGAAUUUUCAUUAUGGCUGAUCUGAUGACCAAAUUUAGACAUAUUACAAUGAGAAUUGGAUAUUCAAUAACUGGCAUGAAUAUUUUCCAGUCAGGCAGUAUAUAUUGUAUGUGUAUAACAGCAAACGGUCUAUCAAAAUAGAUACGUUUUGCAAUUAAACCAAAGUGAUUGUCUGAAAAAACAAAAUGGCAGUAUUUUGCAUACAUGGGUAUCAGAACAAACAAAAAAGUAUUGUAGAAAUAUAACUUUUAUUUUCAAAAAUAUCUGCAAAAUUGUUAUUAAAUCUGCAGCUGGAAAUGUAUUUAGCUAUUUUGUUUUUCAUGAUAUAUAUGAACUGUAAGUAGUACGAAAAAGCAACAAAAAAAACACAACAAACUCAAUAGUCUGUCACUCAUGAUUACUUCUUCAACCAAUCCACAUAAACUUGUACUUUAACCAAACAUUUUAGUUUGUGCUUUACUUCAAAGAAAUUAUGAAAUUUUGUAUAACUGUAAUGUGACAAAUCUGAUAGUUUAAUUCACUUUAGAUUAAUAACAAUCUUUAUUAUCCUAUGAUCAAAUUUUGACUAUCUCAAAUAAAUUAUGACUAAC